GACCAAUUAAAGUUGUGAAAACAAAAAACAGAUGUAUAUUAGAGGUGUUCAAUAGGCCGGGUCGACACAAUAAGUUAAAAGUCAAGUCAAUUGUAACAGGUCAUUAACAGGUCGCGUCAAUAUUAAGCUCUAGUAUAGAGGGUCUUAAAAAGGUCAUUAGAAAGUCAUAACAGGAUCAACCGAUCAAGUCAUAAAAGCCACAACAAUUAAUAAUACAAAAUUUUAAUUUUAUACACAGCUAUUUACUCAUUUAGCCUUCCAUAUGCUAUUCACUACUCAGUACUCACUUUUCCUCUUAACUAUUUUUCUAUUACUCUACCAAAUUGUGUUUCUGAUUUUUCCCCAUAUUUAUCUACCAAGAACCCUAGUUUUUCGAUCUCGCUAAAGAUUACAAACAGUGCAGGGAUGCUGGCGAAGACCUUGUUUUCGCCAGCUUUGGCAUUUUAUAAUGGAUCAUCCUUACAUUUAACUACUCCAGAUUUUAUAACACCUGCUCCUUUAAGUUCAAAAUCGUAUGGAGACUCGUGGAGCUUUUCCUCUCAACAACUGACCCAAAAACGUGGGGAUAAUAGCCUUUCUUCCAAAAAAUGGGAGCUGCAUUCUGCAGCACCAACGUUAGAUGUAACAUUGAGCAAUGAAGAGAUCGAGAAAUGGGCAUCUUGCAGACAAGCUCUGUCUCUGUUCAACUUCAGCAUCGAAGAGCAGGACAAGAUACUCGGUAAAGCUUUUGGUCAAAUCCGAUCACCGUAUUGGGGUGAGGAACGGAAAGUAGAGAUUCCCGAUUAUGAAAUUGUGAACAAAAUUCUAGAGUAUCUUAGAAGUUUGAGCCUCUCUGAUGAUGAUAUCUCCAAGCUUCUUAAGAAAUUCCCGGAAGUUCUUGGUUGUAGCCUGGAGGAAGAGUUGAAGAAUAAUGUUCAGAUUCUAGAAAAUACAUGGGGGAUAACAGGGAAGCCAUUACGAAAUCUUCUCCUUCGUAAUCCUAAGGUGUUGGGUUAUAAUGUCGACUGUAAAGGGGAUUGUAUAGCGCAAUGCACUCGUUGUUGGGCUCGAUUCUAGAUGAGCUUCAUUUAUGUAUCAUUUUGUUCCUGUUUAUAGUGGAUAGAGGUAUGUUUUAUGUCUGUAAAAUCAUGGCAGGGGAAGGCCCUUAUACUGAUAUACAUACUCGUAAAAAUGAAUUCUUGAAUGGAAAAUCUGUGUUUAGGGAAAUCAGAGCAAAAAAUUGAUUUGUGCAUAUGAUACUGUAGAGAAAUGUGUCCAUGAAAACUAAAGAGGUGGUGGAGAUCAUUUUCUUUAACAGAAAUGUAACAAAUUAAUUAGAAUGUAUAAAAAUAAAAAUUAUAACAAAUUUAGUGGGACGAUGUAAUAUUUAUUUUAUGCAAUAUGCAUUUUCUCAAUACCACUAUA